GCUGGCGCUAAUGGAAGACACUUCCAAUAGACGUGCGCUUUAUUUGCAGUCGCAGCCAGUUGUCUCCAUCCUGUGGACACUGAUUGAACUGCGCACGCGUAGUGAUUCUUUAACCUGUUGCCAUAGGCGUUCACGACGCAGGUGGCUUCUUAGCUCCCCGUGACUCUCUCAAUUUCGAGUGAUGAUGCGAUUUUCAGUGAAUCCCUCCCCUGAUUGAAAAUGCCACCGAAAAAGAAAGGAAAGGGUAAAGGCAAGGGCAAGAAAGGGAAGAAGAAGAAGAAUGAUGCCGAACUUACAAUUGAAGACAAGUACAAGAAGACACUGAAUGAAAUCGAGGCUCUCAAGGACCACCUGUCACUUAGAAAGCAGUUGGCCCGACGCGCAGAGUCUCACAGCGAGGAAUGGAAGCUACGGAUGAAGAUGGCCCAGGAAGACCUGGAGCAGCAGAAGGUCGAUCAGAAGGAUGUCGCAUCAGACAUGACGAGACAGUACAAGACCAUGCAGACUGAGAUGGGCGUCCGAGUUCGCCACUUGGAGGCUGACCUGGCAAAGACUAAAGCCCAGCUAGCCAAAACCGAACAAGAGCUGAAGGCCACCAAGGAGGAGAAGGAACAAAUGACGAAGCAGAAAGACGAGACCAUAGCGGAACUUGAGGAGAAAAUUCGGAACAUGGAAUUCUCCUAUGAGAAUAUGCUCCAUGAAGCCUUGGACAACCUGGUGAUGAAGCUAGAUGUGGCCAAGAAGCGUUGGGAGGCAGAGGCAACCCACAUCCACACCGUCGAGAAAGAGAAGCUACUAGCAUUCGGCCUCAACCCCUUGGAUAUAUAGACACUAAUGUUGGCAAUAUCAACGCUGAUAAUGGAAAUGGUUGGGGACUUGUUGACAACUGUUGAAGGGGUCCAUGCAGUGCAAAGUGUUUAACAUAACCAAGAAGAAUGCAUCUUUGUGUUUCAGUUAACUUUGUUUUCAGUGUUGGUUUUGCUAUUUUGUAAGGUAUUUUGGUUUUUAUGCUAAUGCAAAUGAGAGAAACUGUGAUGUCAUCCUUGGUAAAAAAAAACCUCAAGUUUUGCACGAUAAAGUGCUGGAGUUUUUAACAUUUUGCUGACCUAAAUGUUUCAAAUUCCUUUGUAUAAGUACAUUGCAAUUUAGCCAAUGAGCAACCCUUUCUCAGAAAUGCUUCCAAGAAUGUACAAGCUGAGCAGUAUGUGUCUUCCCUGAUUGACAUCACAGCAACAGCGCCCUCAGUCAUCUAGAAAAGCUCAGACAAUAGUUGUGUAUGUUGAAAAACAGAUGCAGAUUUCAAUACUUCCAAGCCCCAAAGGAUGUCAAUUAAUAUUCACACAUUUGGAAAUAUUAUCAAGAUGCACAUAGGUGCCAUAGAAAAAUUCAUCACAAUGGAUUGCAAAACACCCAUUAACUUGAUACUUGGGGUCACCUCCAUUUGAACUUUCUCUUUGUAGAUGUGGGGGGUGCUUUUAUUUUUGUAAAUGCUGAAUUCACCAUUGCAAUCGUUAGUGCAUGCUUAUCAAUGUACUUACUUUUUCGGAGAUAAUUUUUUUCCUUUUCAGUGGCUAGUUUUGAUAUUUGUACAAAGACUAUAGAAUGCUGGAUGGAACUGAACAAAACUGCUGAUUUUGGAUGCAAACUACGAACAAUCAAUCAUGAACACAUUUAUAUUUUUUCCAAGUGAAGUUACUGUUUAAGAACAAAUGUACAUAACAUGUAUUUUGGGGAAAGUGGUGGAAAUCUAUUUAAUGUAAUUAAAGACUGCCAAACUUUAGGGUGUAAGGAACAAAAUAAAUUUCCAAAGAUGUGGAUUGAA